UAGCACUAACCAUUUAAUGAUGGCUGCUGCUUCCGGGAAGAUGGCCGGCUAAACGAUGGCAAAAUAUACCAUUCUAGAAAUCAAGAAGGGAGAACUUUUCGCUUUUGCAAACUACUUGGAUUAACCAAAGUGUUCGGAAUAAAUGCUUGCAUUUAGGUAGUUUAUUUGGUGACCGUAUGCAUGCAUGUUAAAUUACUGUUUGGGUUAGCUAAAUUAGCUCGCACAUGCGAUGUAGCUAACAUGUCAGCUAUUGGUAGCUAAAGUUGAAACCCGCAACUGACGUAUUAUUGAGUUCCAUGAUCGAGAAAUGGAGAGGAGACACGUUUACAGUGCUGGCUAGUGUCGAAACGUGCGAUAGUUUUUUUUUCAGUGUGUCUCGAUGGUCGAUUGCUAUUAUGUUCCCGCAGCUGCAUGCAACUGUCUAAAACUUAACUAGCUAGCUAAUUUUCCUUGAUUCACUCAUUUCAAUGGCUCACUGUAGUUCAUCAGAUCCAAGUGGGAAGAUACCCCGUCCAGAUAGUAGCGCAGUAUUGAUGGCAGGAUCUCCCGGAACCGUUGAUCAGGCAAUGAAGCCGGUGUUGUUUGAAAUAUUUGGAGAAAUUUGGAACGUCCAGGCCCGACUCGGGCAAGGCGUCUCGGCCUCCGUAUACCGGGUGAGCUCGGGAAGGACGAGUACGGCCGCCGUUAAGGAGUUCCUGGCGGACGCUCAGGGCGGAGAUUACGGGUACCACAAGGAGAGGUCCGUGCUGGAAGACAUCCAAGGACACAAAAACAUCGUAACGCUAUAUGGGGUGUUCACCAACCACAACCAUGUGGGUGUGGCCACACGCUGCCUGCUGCUAGAGCUGCUGGAUGUCAGUGUGUCUGAGCUGCUGGUUAGUACCCAGGGCCAGGUGGGCAGCCUCCAGAGUGGUGGUGCCCAGCAGCAGGGCCACUCCAUGUGGCUGGUGCAGCACUGCGCGAGAGACAUCCUGGAGGCCCUGGCCUUCCUCCACCGAGAGGGCUACGUCCACGCAGAUCUCAAGCCCCGCAACGUGCUCUGGAGCGCAGACGACGAGUGCUUCAAACUCAUCGACUUUGGACUCAGCUUCAAGGAGGGUAACCAGGAUGUGAAGUACAUCCAGACGGAUGGGUACCGUGCCCCGGAGGCUGAGCUUCAGAACUCGCUGGCCCAGGCGGGGCUGGAGGCGGAGGGUAAUUCUGGCUGCUCGGCCACUGUGGACCUCUGGAGCCUGGGUAUCAUCCUGCUGGAGAUGUACUCCGGCAUCAAACUCAAAGACACUGUCAGGUCACCCAAGUGGAAGGACAACAGUGCAGCGAUAGUCGACCAUAUCUUUGCCAGUAACAGUGUGGUGUGUCCUGCUAUCCCUGUCUAUCACCUCCGAGACCUGAUCAAGAGCAUGCUUCACAAUGACCCCAAGCACAGAGGCACAGCCGAGACGGCCCUGCUUAGCCCUUUCUUCAGUAUUCCCUUUGCUCCUCACAUAGAAGACUUGGUUCUGCUGCCCUCGCCUGUUCUGCGCCUGCUCAACCUGGUUGACGACAGCCACCUACACAAUGAGGAGGAGUAUGAAGACAUCUUGGAGGACAUGAAGGAGGAGUGCCAGAAGUACGGCUCUGUGGUCUCUCUUCUCAUUCCCAAGGAGAACCCAGGCAAAGGACAGGUGUUUGUAGAAUAUGCUAACGCAGGCGACUCCAAAGAGGCCCAGAGACUGCUGACAGGACGGACCUUUGACAGGAAGUUUGUCGUUGCCACAUUCUACCCCCUGAGUGCUUACAAGAGAGGCUACUUGUACCAGACCGUGCAGUGAACACACACACACGCGCGCACUGAGAGCUCACACACUGUUAGUUGAAGCGCCUAGGCCCAAUUCAGUCAGUCUGUGUCAUGGUGUGUAUACUUACAGUUGAAGUUGGAAGUUUAUUUACACUUAGGUUGGAGUCAUUCAAACUCAUUUUUCAACCACUCCACACAUUUCUUGUUAACAAACUAUAGUUUUG